GAUGGUCGCACCGAAAUUUCGUCUAAUAUUCGAGGCAUUCUUUAGUUUAGCGCGAAACCGUUGAUCGGGAGCCGAAAUUUUGAAACCCCCAAACCCUAGAUUUUCUGCACAGACAGUAGGGCACAUACGAGACGUAGUGCAGAGAAAAAUGGCGGAAUAGCUCAGUUGGAAACCCUAGAAACCCUAGCCUCUUUCUUUAAUAGGCAUUCUGAAACCCUACUUCAGUUCAGAAACCAUGGUUAUUAGUUGAAUAAAAUUUUCAAACUUCAAAUCUUUUAGCGCAUUCUGAAACUCUAGUUCUUCCUCUCUCUGUUUCUCUUUCAUCAAUAUUGGGUUUCCAUAUCUCUAGUUUUUUUUUAUGCUUAGUUUGAAACCCUAGUUUCUGCUCCCCUAUUGGUGGUUUAGAACCGUGAGGUAAUUCCAUAUGCUGCUUAGUUUAAGUUCAGAUGUGCUACUCUAAACCCUAAUUUUUGUUACUAUCUUUUUUAAAAACCCAAUUUUCGUCUUUGUGGCAGUUCAAAGUUUAGAUUCUUUUGUUGGGAUUUUUCCUGUAUCUGCUUCAGAAUACUAGUUUGGUGCCUAGCGGAAAACGCCAUUUUUUCUCCGUUGCUUCAACACCUUGGCCCCUUUCUUGGGUUAACUUUAUUGCUUUUUCUCUGCCAGUUUUUCAGAAGUCCUUUUUUGUUUUGUUUAUUAACAUGAAUUUCUAUUCUAUAGCAAUACUCAGUUUAAACCUGUAGUUGAGAAGAAAUCUGGUUCAUCUUUCUCACCAUCUUGUCAUUUCCAAACAUGGUCAGUCUUUUGAUGAAUGAAGAAGCAAAACCAAAUUCGAACCUUCUGAGUGCCAAAACUUACAGAAAAGUCCUCAAUGACGCAAUAGAACGCUUUUCACAGGCACUUCAUGAAGAACACUGUGACUUUUCAGAACUUCGAUCACUAUUUGGUCGCCUGAUUCAAGCAAGAAUAGAUCCUCCUCUAGAAGUCAUAUGGUGCUUCUCCGCAACAAUCUUCUUUGAAGAGACUUCAGAAGAAACCAAUGUUCUCAGCCAUGUUUCUUCGACUCGAAAGAUUUUUGAGCACAUUGCUUUGUGUACGGCUUCAUGCACUGGCCCAAAGUCCAUUGCUGCCAUGGCACCAGUGGUGUUUGAAUUGUACCAAGCCAUCAAUGGAUUUAUCACAGUGGCAUCACACAGCGGUUGGAAGAAGCGAGAUAAGAAAUUGGGAAAUGAAAUUGAGAAAUUGAUUGAUGAUAUUGCUGCCCAUAUAAGCAUUUGCAAUAGUAAUGGUGAUGCUAUUUGCUCAGUUCUCGCAGAUGGUGAAGAAAAAAAUUCAAGUCUUUCUUGUUUUGAUGAUCUGAUAAAAAUUUGGAUGAUGGGUUUUUCUCAAAAAUAUGGAAAGGUCAGGGAUAAAGGAAACUUCAAUGAUUUUUAUCCUUUGAUUGGUGAAUAUACAAGAGAUGUGUUAUUUGAAGAAGGGUGUAGCAUUGAGCGAUUAUCUGGUUUGGUUACUAGUGAGGUGUUCUUGUUAAUGCUCUCUUGGAAGUUGGUCUCUCCGCAUCAGCCAUCUCGGACUUUUCACGAAGCACCUGGUGUGGAAGUGAAUGAAUUAAAAGCGUGGGCAGUUGGUGCUAUUACUGGCUUUAGAAAUAACAGUUUCUUUGUGAUACUUAUGCGACUGUUGUUGGAGCCAGCUCUACCUGUCACCUCCCUGUUGGGUUCCGUCAAUGAGGACCUGUUGCGCGAAGUACUAUAUGAUGCUGUGUUGCUUGUAGAUUACUCUUUUAUGAAGUCCGUCACUGAAGAUAAGCAAUCUAAUGCUCAUCUAGAAAGUCUUGCUCUGUUGAGAGUAGUUGUUGCCCAUCAAGCUGUACAGGUUUAUAGUAUGAAAGGAAAUCAAAUGAAAGCUAUUGCUCAUAUAGAAGCAUUCUCGAGAUCAUGUGUGCCUUCAAUUUUGGUGAACUGUGUCUCCUCUCAGACCAGUAAAGAGAAGCUACGUAACUCAAGGGAUGCAACCCCACAAGUAUUUCUCAAAUGUCUACUCAAACUCGAUGAUGAAGGAUUAAGAAAAUUCCAGGAGAAGAUAAGAGAACUUGGAAUUAAGUUUGUAGAUGAAGAUUUUACGCAGGUUCUUUUCCACAAGGUGAGCAAGCAUAACUUUGACAAAUCUGAUGAUCUGUUUUACAUUGAAAAGAAGGGACAAAAGGAAGAGGUGGGUGAUGACCCCUUUUACAUUGAUAAGAAGGGCAAGGUAGAUAUUGAUGAUCAUGGUGACGAUAUGGAUAAUGCAUUUUCUAUCGCUGCCCGGUCUAUGAAGUUCACACCAAAUGAUCAGAAGAGAAAAAGGAAAGAAGAGAAGAAAAGAGGUGGAAAAUCUCAAGUAAAAUUUCUCAAGCACAAGCUCGACAAUGAUUUAAAACACAAAACUUCUCCACCUCUUGGUGAUGGAAGGCAUAGUGAUGUGGAUAAUGAGGAAGAAUCAAGUGAAUGAUGAUUGUAGCUGGGAACUGCCUAUGAUGGGGUUUGCUGACUAAUGAGAGCACCUUGCAUCUUCUCUUAAAGCUUGUAACCGAUAGUGCAAUCUGAUAACUGCACUUGUUUUGGAUGUCUUAUAUAUGGGAAUUCAUAUCUUUUUGGGCU